AUGGACAUCACCAUCACGACGAGCACCGCGCUCUGGAUCCUCAUACCCGCUGUGCUCUCGCUCGUCAUCGCAUCGACAAUGGGACUCUUUGGCGGCAACAAGAUGCCCGUCGACGGCAAGACCGUCCUCAUCACGGGCGCAUCCGAAGGCAUGGGGCUCUCCGUCGCGCAGAAGCUCGCCGCCCGCGGCGCCAACCUCAUUCUCGUCUCCCGAAGCGCCGCCAAGCUUGAGGCCGCCCUGCAGAGCGUCAAGGCCGCGGCCAAGAACCCCGAGACGCAACGUUUCCACUACAUCUCCGCCGACGUAUCCGCCCCCUCGUACGCCGGGCCCCUCCUCGCGCAGGCCCGCGAAUGGAACAACGGCCGCUCCCCCGAUGUCGUGUGGUGUGUCGCCGGUUUCUCCAUCCCGGAGCUGUUCGUGGACAUGGACAUGGCCUCGCUGCGCAAGCAGAUGGACGUCAACUUCUACGGCACGGCCGAGAUGUCCCACGCCGUCUUCCGCGAGUGGCUCGCCCCCGACGCGCCCAUCGAGAAAGAGCCCCGACAUCUCGUCAUGACGACGAGCGUCGUCGCCUUCUACAGCAUCCCCGGGUACGCGCCAUACGCGCCCUCCAAGUGGGCCAUCCGCGGCCUCGCCGACACGCUCUCCCAGGAGGCCAUGCUGUACCCGCAAAACGUCAAGGUGCACGCCGUCUUCCCCGGCAGCAUCCUGUCGCCGGGCUAUGACCGCGAGAACAUCAGCAAGCCCGGCAUUACCAAGGUCCUGGAGGAGACAGACCCGAAGCAGACCCCGGAUGAGGUCGCCGAGAUGGCGAUCCGUGGACUCGAGCGGGGAGAUUACUACAUCACGGUCAAUUGGCUCGGCAGCUUGAUGAAAUGGGGUACGCUCGGGGGCGCGUUCCGAAACAAUUGGGUCGUGGACACCCUCGGAGCCUGGCUCGCGCCCAUCGCGUGGAUCUUCGCCCAGAUGGACAUGCAUGGCAAGAUCAGGGGCUACGGCAAGAAGCACGGUCAUCCGAGCACAUACAAGAAGCACACAGCUUAA